GCCUGGGGUGAUGUUCCUUCUGUUCUUCCUAAUUCAGAGAUAAUCAGAUUCUGUCUGUACUCUGAGCUCUCUGGGGAUGAAUCUAAUAAGGGAGGCAGUGACCUGCAGAGGAGGACGCAGGACAAGCGACCAGAGGACAGCCUUUCCUCCUUUAGUCCAUUUUUCCUGUUAGAGUUGGGGUAAAGUGUUAGGAGGGACCUCAGGAGUCACAAAGAAGAGUAAGGCGCCUCCUUACCUCCAAGGACAGAGCACUUCAGCAGAGAAGCACCACGAGACUGACCUAGUACAGAACCAGAAAGGUGGCUGCCUCAGCAUGGAGAGUGGCCUUGGCCCUGUGUCCACCCCUGGUGCGCUACCCUACUAUGUGGCCUUCUCCCAGCUGCUGGGUCUGACUGUGGUGGCCAUGACUGGUGCUUGGCUGGGUCUGUACCGAGGUGGCAUUGCCUGGGAGGGGACCCUGCAGUUUAACGUGCACCCGCUCUGCAUGGUCAUAGGCAUGAUCUUCCUGCAGGGAGAUGCCCUGCUGGUCUACCGUGUCUUCAGGAAAGAGGCCAAACGCACCACCAAGGUCCUGCACGGGCUACUGCAUGUCUUUGCGUUCAUCAUCGCCCUGGUUGGCCUGGUGGCGGUGUUCGAUUACCAUAAGAAGAAGAGCUAUGCUGAUCUGUACAGCCUGCACAGCUGGUGCGGGAUCCUCGUCUUUGUUCUUUACUUUGUGCAGUGGUUCGUGGGCUUCAGCUUCUUCCUGUUCCCUGGAGCUUCAUUUUCCCUGCGGAGCCGCUACCGCCCUCAGCACAUCUUCUUUGGUGCCACCAUCUUCCUCCUUUCUGUAGGAACAGCCCUGCUGGGCCUGAAGGAAGCGCUGCUGUUUAAACUCGGGAGCCAGUACAGCACAUUUCAGCCUGAGGGGGUCCUGGCCAACGUGCUGGGCCUUCUGCUGGCCUGCUUCGGGGUGACUGUGCUCUACAUCUUGGCCCAAGCUGACUGGAAGCGGCCUCCCCAGGCUGAAGAACAAGCCCUCUCCAUGGACUUCAAGACACUGACCGAGGGAGACAGCCCCAGCUCCCAGUGAUGGCCCGGCUCAUCUUGUCUCAUGCAGAGGCUGCUUGGGAGCGGCUCUCUCAAUUUUGUGGAGUUCCCAUAGGCGUCUUGUGGCUCACCCCUGCUGAGGCUGAGUCUUCAGGACCUGGGGGAGGACUCAGGCAGCAUGGUGGGGAGUGUGGGUGUAGUGGUGUCUUUUAGGUGGCUUCUGGGGUUAGGGCUGUCCUCUUCUUUCCCUCCCUCACUGUGGCUGUGGCUAUAGAUGUCCUGUGCAGGUAUUGUGCCCUGUUCCCCUUCACAUGCAGAAAGCUUUGGUGGGGGCCUGGGGCUCAGUCCUGGAUGCAGAAUCAGAGCUCCCCACAGGAGCUGGACAGGCUCCACCCUCCGGCAGCAGAUGGCUAGGGUGAGGCCAGGGGAACUGCAGGGCCUCAGGGAUAGUUCUGGAAAGCUAAGACUGCUGUUUGUAUAACUGAAUCCUCACCAGGAGUCCCUCCAGCCUGAGCAGCAUGUUGGAGAAGUGGCCCAGUCCUUGGCAGUGGAGCAAGUGAUAUUAUGUACAAAGUAUGCCUCUAAUCAGAGGAAGGCUUCCCAGGAGAGGGGAGGGACCAGCUCCAGGCAAGCACUGCCAUUUGGCUUUGACCCCACUGCAGUCUUAAGCCUUCCUGCUCUUUAACCCACGAUUCCCAGGACAGCUUUGAGGGAGAGGAGACAGGAACAUGUGACUUCAGACACACUUGCCCUGGUGAUGGGGCAGCCUGCAUGGGAAGCAGGAGAGGCCUCCUGUCCUCUGGCUCCCCCGCAGAGCUCCCCUCACAGUGGGCAGCUUGGGAACUGAGAGGCAGAGGGCAGUUUUUUGGAACAAAGAGCUGCUGCUUGUGGCAUGCUUCUGGCUUGAGCUGCCUGUUCUGUUUUGGAGGAUGAGCCCCGUUUUCCCUCACCUGGGCCCAUCUUUUCAGGAAUUUGGAACUGGGACAGAAUGAGAAGAAUCCUCUGUGGUGUCUGGACUUUGUUCCCAUCCCAUAAUGUGUGUUAUGAUGUUGUUAGCUGAGUCACUGUUUGGCUUUGCUCUAGAAAUAAUAUGUUUAGAGCCUCUGUCUGAUGCUUCUUGGACUUGGGAAGGCCCCUCCUUGUUUUCUGGGCUCUACGCAACCUGUCAGUUUGAGACAGACACAGUUUACUUAAGUGAGAAAAUUAAUAAAAUUUCUAAACUGACUACAUUUAACAGUUACCCUUUUCACACCUAAAUGCUGCCUUAGAGAAAAUGGGCUGGCCUUAUCUAUUCCUCAGAUUUUUUUUCUUUUUGUACCAGGGAUUGAACCCAGGGGCGCUAACCACUGAGCCACAUGGUAGCCCUUUUUAUUUUGAAACAGAGUCCUGCUAACUUGCUUAAGGCCUUGCUAAAUUGCUGAGGCUUUGAACCUGUAAUCCUGCCUCAGCCUCCUAAGCUGCUAGGUUAUAAGCAUGUGCCACCUCACCCAGCUACUGUUCAGAUUUCUAAUAAUUGUUUUUUGCCAAUUAUUGGGUCCUACUUUUGGUGAUGUCACUUCUCAGAGCAGGAACGUGUGAUCCAGCCCCCUCCCCAGACCUCUUUCCCCAUUUCCUUUCCACUUGCCCUGAUAAUAAUCAGUUGUAUACUCUGCAAGGACAAAGAUCUUAUCAAUACUUUAAUCAGCUGCCAUACAUUUGUGUAGUCUAUGUUUACAUGUGUGAAACUCGUCCUUAGACAAACUACCAAAAUAUAAUUGUGUAUCUCUCUUUCCAGAAGCUACAUAGAGAACUGGAACCUUAGAUCUGGAAUGAGAAUCUGUAAACUGGUCUAUUUGCCAAAGUGUAUAUUGGAUGACUAAGGACCAAAGAAGGCCCCCAGCCGACGUGUGGUUUCUUUUGUUUGUAUGUGGCCAGACUCUCUUGACGUACCACGUGCUGUUGGUGUAACAGAUGAUUCAAUAAAUGUCUACAGCAGUCCA